GUUACAGUCAAGCGUAAUAAGCGAAACACAGCAAAGGGCAUUCUGUUUACAAGGAAAACCGGGGUAUUCAAUCAGUUUACAGCUUGUUGAACGCGACUUCGCAACGCAGUGCCCGGCGUCUUCAAUUCUGUUACCCAGCCGCACGGCUGCGACGAACACAGCACCUGCCCCGUCCUGCAAAGCCACCGGCAUCAACUUCUCUGGGCAACAAUUAAGUUGAACAAGGAUGUCGACGGAGCCAGGCGGUGGAGUGGCGACUCUGGCGCCGCUGCGUACCUCCCUGGCGGGCGGCUCCCCGGCGCCCCCACCACUGCGCACCAGCAUGUCUGGCGCGGCGCCUAGCAGCGGCGGCGGCGCUGCACCCAGCACACACAACAGCGGCAGCAAGCCCCGCGUUUCAAACACAGGCGCUGGUGGCAACCCCCGCAUGAGCUCCCCUGGCAUGCUGGGGACUGUCGGGGCGCCUGCUCCAGUGCUUCCCAUCACGGCACCGCAGCACCUGCCUCCCAUGCGAGCCCUCUCGACCGCCGUCAGCAGCAACGCCAACAGCGGCAACAACAAUAACAACAGCAGUGAUUUGCCGCGGCUGACGACACGCAUGUCGGAAUCGGGCGGCAAGGACAUUGGCGGCAUGAAGCCGUCGCCGCCCAGCCUGAGACGUGCCGCGACCAUGGUGAGGUCUGUGGACAGUGGCCUGAGCUCGGCGGCGGGACCAGGGGGCGGGGGCGCGGCCAUCGGGGCCGGGCGCGGUGACGCCAUCAUCAAGGAGCGGCGGGCGCUGCAGCAGGACAAGACCGCACUGGUGCUGAACAAAAAGCGCCUAGAGGCUCUGCUGUUGAAGGCGGCGGAGGCCCUCCCGCCCAGUGCUGACGAGCCCAGCAGCAGCGGUGUCAGGGGCGGCGGCGGCGGCUCGCUGCGCACGCAGAUACAAAAGGCUCUGGAUGAGAGCGCGCAGCUGGACAAACACAUGUCGACGACACCCGGCGGCGGCAUGAUCCCUUUCGAAGCCGAGGCGGAGGCAAAGGUGAAGCAGCUGACGGCGCAGCUUGCCGACAUGAAGCUUGACCAUGAGGUGGCGUUGAGCCGCCUCGAGGGCGAGCUAAAAUACCGCAACACGCAGUCCUCGGCUGCCGCCAGCGGCCUGCAGAAGCAGCUGCAGGAAGCUGAUGAGGAGGUUAAGAAGCUGCGGCGGGCGAAUGACAUCGAGAUGGCGCGGUCGCGGGACCUCACCUCGCAGGUCCAGGAGCUGCAGCGGCAGCUGCGGGACGUGAGCACCAGCCUGUGUGACAAGACGGAGCAGGUCAAGGACAUGAAGGAGCUCAUGGGCAUGGACAAGAUCACCAUGAACACGGUGUUGGAGAUGCUGCGCGCGCAGCUCAAGGAGGCCAAGGCCGAGGCGGAGGCGGGUCAUGAGCGCGUGAAGGAGCUGGAGUACGCGCUGGUACACAGAGACACACUGCUGGCCGAGGCUCAGCAGAAGCUCCACGCGGCGGGGCUAGCGGGCGGAGCCGGAGGCAUCAGCGGCGGUGUGUAUGAGGAGCCGCGCGUGCAAUCGCCUCCGAUGGAUGGCAAGUCGGCAUGGAGCAAGUUGGCGCGAGCGGUGGCGGGCACGCGGACCAACCGCCUCGCCAGCGCCACAGGAGCAGGCGGCCGGACGGUGGAGACGGCUGGGGGUGUGACGCUAGUGGCGUCGAGCGUGGAGGCGCCAAAGGGCGUGCUCAGCGCGUAAGCUGUGGGUCAUUGGGGCACAUUGGGUCUUGGACGAGAAGGCCAGUGGGCAUUGAAGGGGCCAAAAGACGGGGCUGCAAUACGCCUGGCCGGGGAUGUUGUCAGGUUUGGGCAAAAGCAGCGGUUCGGUGGGGGCUUCGCAUCAAACCUGCAUGCUUGACACGCAAGUGAAUGAGUCUGCUUUAAGCAAACUACCGUACAGGCCAUUGACGUUGAUAUGGCGUCGGGUGUUUAGGGCGCCGGGGGAGUGGGGUGUUUCGUAUCAAGUUGUGUACCAGAAAUGAUCAGCAUGACUCCACGGCACUGGCGGAGGGCAAUGCAGUAAGUAACGCAUGGAUAGGACUUGGCAUGAUGAGCAUGUACUGAGCAGAGCAACGGAAAGGGCAUGGACUUGAAAGCAGGGGCGCUCAGAGCGUGGUGGUUGGGGAGUCGACGUGGGGAGCCAAGUACGGGGGGGGGGGGGGCAGUUAGGCAUUCUAUGUCUGAGUACGAGUGGUACAAUGAUGACAUGUGUGCGCAUUCGAGGUUGUGGCAGGAUGGAUGUAGUGCAAGCAAUGCCGAUGCAUGUAUGAGAUACUGGUCCUGCGCACGGGAGGUCCGGUACCAUGGAACUUGUGGGCAGAUGGUUUGGUGGCAACAAAGAAGCGCGGCAUGCUGCCCGCAAGACCUUGCCGCCAAGCUCGUAUAUAACAUAUCGUUCAUGUAUGCAUGGCAGGAUGAGAUUCAAGGCAUGACGGCUGAGAAUCGCCAGGGGGGCCCGCUUCUAGGGCAGGCCACACUGCACACCGUCCCUAGACUCCCUACACCAUGUUAAAAAUAUUGAACGUGUGCCGGCUGCAUCCUGCAGGGCUUGCAUCUUCGGGGAGCGGCAAGGAAUUGCCCCCAAUGUAGGCCCUGUAGGUUUCGCCGUUAGUGACUGGAUGGCUCACUAAUUGGAAGGCGCUGUGAGAGAGACCACGCUGGACCACGCAGGCAUCAGCAGUCGUGUCACGGGACGCGCUCAGACUCUCAGAGUAUGGCGUUGCUCUCUGUCAGUUCCAGAUGGGUUAGCUUAGAUGUAACGACGGUGCUGUGACGGUCGCAAGAGGAUGUUACCGAAGAUGCUUAAGAAUGAUGGUGUUGGGCCGAUUGGGUUGUCACAGGCCGGAGCAUUGGGGAGGGGUUGACCCGGGGUUGACACGACCCAGGUCAGCGCCGUUGGUCAGGUCGACUUCCACCUAUGCACUUCAGCAAGCCAACGAAUCAAGAAGCUAAGAUGCUGUACCUAUUCCUCACUUGGUAAA